CCUUGGUUUAAAAAAUCAACAGUGAUCUCAAGGCUGGUCUAGAGGGGACAAAACUGUGUGCUUUUUGCUUGUUAAGUGCUCAGCUAAUCUUGCUUUCUUUCCACAGAUCCAGCAAAACCAUGAACCUCUGCUCAAAAUGCUUCUCAGACAUCCACGAGAAGCAGCCAGACGAAGACUGUCCCCCAGAGCCCGAGCCCAGCACUAGCAAUAACCAGUCAGCGGUCUUCUGUAGCGAGACGAACAGCAGCGGUAGCCAAUCCCUGCUGUUGACACCGGCCAGCACUGAGGCGCCCUCACAAGAAGACUCAGGAGCCACACCCCUCCCUGUACAGGAAGAAGCCUCAAGCACAGACGCAGGCCACACCACUCUGUCCACUCCCACGAAACGACCUUGCGACUCCCCCUCGGGCUCUCAGAGCGAGGAGUCCCCAGAGAAGCGGGCGCGUGUGGCUUCACCCUCACCCUCCUCCUCCUCCUCCCCUUCGCCCGCCACCCCGGACGAGACCACAGCAGCGCCCCGCGGGCCCAAGCAGAAGAACCGCCGACGCUGCCACUGCUGCCAAAGCAAACUGGAGCUGGUGCAGCAGGAGCUGGGCUCCUGUCGCUGUGGGUACGUGUUCUGCAUGCUUCACCGGCUCCCCGAGCAGCACGACUGUCUGUUCGACCACCUGGGGCGAGGGCGCGAGGAGGCCGUGCUGAAGAUGGUCAAGCUGGACCGCAAGGUUGGCCGCUCGUGCCAACGCAUCGGGGAGGAGUGCUCCUGAGGAGGCCGCCGCAGGGCAGGGGGUGGACGGACGGACGGACGGACGGAUGCAGGAAAACAGGAAGGAGGGAGGGAUGGAUGGAGGGCUGGGAGGGAGGGGGAAGAUCCUGAAGAUCCACACCUUGACUGCAUUCAAACCCUGCAGGCCCUAGCCACCUAGUCUGACCCUCCAUACACAAACUCUCACACUCACACGCACACUCACACUCACACUCACACUCACACACUCACUCACACCAUGUGCUGCAGAACUCUUCCCUCCAAGGCGAGAAAUGUCCUGCCUUCUGUCCGUCAGUGCACCUUUUGACUCCACCCGUCUGCGACCUCUGACCUCUGACCUUUUGACUUGUGCCCCGUCGUCGUCUGCAUGCCCUUGGCACCCCUCCACCCCCUAACCCGCCCCCCUGCUCUGAGCCUUAAGUGUCCACUGCCCCAGUAACACAGAUGCCUCUUGCCCUCCUGCUCCGCACACACUGCUCUCAGAGGACUAGGGCGGUCGGGGGCCCUGCUGUGGAUCUGCUCUUGUGUACGGCUCUCUUAUUUAACCAGCCACAGCCAGGGCGGCGCUCACGCGCUAUGCCCCCCUCUCUCUCGUCCCACUCCUCUUUGAUCAGUGCUUGCACACGUUGCACGGGAAAAUGGGACUCAGCAGUCGUAUUUGAACUUCUGUUACACACACACAACACAAAAUACUCUGCGCCUGUCCGACCACACACACACACACACACCCCACACACACACACA